GAGAAAAUGGCAGGAAGCAGAGGAAGACUUUUUGCUGAAAUUGAGAACUAAGAUCCACGAAACCCAACAACCAAAACCAACGUACAAACCGGAAUCAUCGUACUACAGACACAGAAAAAGAAAAAAAGGUUGCAGACUUUUGAGUUGAGUUUUCAUAAGAGAGAGAAAGAAAGUGUUUUGAGUCUUUCUUUCUUUGUUUCUUUUUUCUUUUUUUCAUUUUUGCUUUGCUUUGUUUUUCGAUCAAACUGAAUGGUUGGCGGUGGAAAUGGCGAGAGAGAGCAACCACCGCCGUCGGCGGCGGUGGGGGGACCACCACCGCCACGCAGUUCGAUGGAGAGUUAUUUCAACGGUGGGUUGAGUCCUGGUCCCAUGACUCUGCUUUCGAGCUUCUUUGGCGACAACGAUGAGUGCAAGUCUUUCUCUGAGCUCCUCGGCGGCGCCAUGGCGGAGCACGGUGAAGGUUCUUCCUUCAUGCCCAUGUUCACCGGUUUUAGCCCGGGUGGUUUCCACCAUUCACCUGCUCAGGGGCACUUUGGAAUGACACACCAACAGGCACUAGCACAGGUCACAGCUCAGGCUGUGCAAGCCCCCUCGAAUGUGCAAAUCCAAGCUGAACAUCCAUUUUCAGUAUCAGUAGUGCCUUCUACCUCAUUGACACAGUUUACUGAAGCUACUUCAUUGAUACCACCCUCAAUGCCAGAUUCUGGGGCAGCAAUGAAAAAAUCUCUUGAUUAUUCUCACUCUGAACAUGGACUGCAAUCUUCUUCUGUGAAUGUUGACAAGCCUAAUGACGAUGGCUACAAUUGGAGGAAGUAUGGGCAGAAACAGGUGAAAGGUAGUGAGUUCCCUCGGAGUUAUUAUAAGUGCACACAUCCAAGUUGUUCUGUCAAGAAAAAGGUUGAGCGCUCUCUUGAUGGUCAUGUAACUGCAAUUAUUUAUAAAGGAGAGCACAAUCAUCAGCAACCUCAUCCCAGCAAGCUCACAAAUGAGAUCCUAUCUUCAAAUGAAAAUUCUAAUAUGCAAGGGAAUCUUCAUUCAACUUAUCAAUUUCAGGGUAGAGGUUUAAAUAGAUUGAAAGAAGGGAUGAGUUCUCAUUCAAUGUCUAAGAUGGUGGACAUUGAAUCUAGCCAUAUAACAGCUGAACGAGUGUCGGGAACAAGUGACAGUGAGGAAGUAGGUGAUUAUGAAACUGAAGUUGAUGAGAAAAAUGAUGAACCUGACCCCAAGAGGAGAAACACAAAAGUCAGGCUCCAAGAUCCAGCCUCUUCACAUAGGACUGUCACAGAGCCUAGAAUCAUUGUGCAAACAACAAGUGAAGUUGAUCUCUUAGAUGAUGGAUAUAGAUGGCGCAAAUAUGGACAGAAAGUUGUCAAAGGCAACCCUUAUCCAAGGAGCUAUUACAAAUGCACAACCCCAGAUUGCAGUGUUCGGAAGCAUGUUGAGAGGGCUUCAACGGAUCCUAAGGCUGUCAUAACAACAUAUGAAGGAAAACAUAAUCAUGAUGUGCCAGCAGCUAAGACUAAUAGCCACACUCUUGCCAACAAUAGUGCAUCACUGCUAAAAUCACAAAAUGACAUAUCCGAGAAACAUAAUUUCAAUAGCAGGGUUGUUGGGGGCAAUGAGCAGCACCCUGUAGCACAUUUAAGGUUGAAGGAAGAACAGAUAACCUAGUUUAUGGUUGGAAGAACAAGUAUAAUAUGAGAACAUGCCCCCCAGUUAGAAGCAUGUGUGUCACAACUCACAAUUCAUAUCUUUUAUUUGAAGUUCAAUGCAUUCUUUUGACUUUUGAGUCUGAGGCCAAAGUUUUGACCACGGUCUAUCAGUCCAAAUAUUCCUGAUAUACAAAAAGUAGAGUAGUUGAACAUUUUUCUCUUCCUCUCCGACUGCAUCAUGAUGAAAGACAGGGAGGAGAAAAGUUUAAAUUAAAAAAGUUUGCGGAGUGAACAGUGGUUACGGAUGAUGCUAUAUCAAAGUAUGUUGUUUCAUAUAGUCUCCUUCAUUGUUUCAUCAUGUAAUUCCUUGCCUUCAGAUAUUGUG